AUGGCAGGCACCAACCGAAAGAUCAUCCCUCCACUUUCCCUGGGGGCAGGCACAGCUGGGCCUGUAUUCUGGUGUCCGCCACCCCCCACCCACCCCCAGCGCAGUGCUUGGUGUCAGGAAAGGAGUCAAAGGCAGCAUUGUCCUCCGUGUCCACUGGCUCAGUCUCGUGUCUUUGCCCCCUCGCAUGUGGCACAAUGUCCGGUGCUAGCAGCGAGCGCCCUCCUGCCGUGCCCGAUGUCCCAACUGGACUUCCUCAAGGCCUCGCACUUCGCACUGGGGCCGGACUCCCGGCUGCACCGGGGCGCCAUGCAGUCCACGAUGCACCGGGACUUCCCGGCCCACCCGAGCCCCACCCCGAAGCAGCCGAGGGCGCCGCCUCCACUCUCGGUGCUCUUCCAACACAACGCGAGCCGGGCGGGACCGGAGCAGGUGUCGGAGAUGCACCGCGAGUUCACGCCACGGGACGUGAAGCCCCCGGAGGAGACGCGGGAGCGCACGCUCGCCAUGCAGUCCAGCAACCUGCGCAUGCACGCGGACGAGCGCACCGGCGUCGGCUUCUCCAACGCGCGCGCCGCCUACGGCUGGCCCGAGCAGCCCGCGCACCCCCGCGAGCUGAUACGCGGCGCGCGCCUCAUCUUCGACCGCGACUCGCUGCCGCAGGGAGACCGAGACCAGCUGCGCGUCCCGCCCACCACGCAUCAGGAGCUCUACCCGCCUCAGGACGUGUGCCCGCCGCCGCGCGCGCCUUGCUACCACCUCGGUGGUCCCAACACCCUCAAGUGGGGCUACAAGAAACAACAAGGGACCUCCUACCGGAGAGAGUUCCAGGCCCUGCCGGGCUCACCUGCCUUAAUGUGUAGGAGGGCCUCCUCCUCUGUGCAACUGGGAGACUGCAAGCUGGGCUAUGGGCUCAUGUUUUCAGACCUGAAACAGACCCAUAGGCCCCAGGGGCUGCCCCCAGACAGGUAUGACAAGGCUCAGGCCGCCACUCACAUCCACCAUGUGAAUAUUCGUCCUGGAGACGGCCUCUUCCACGACAGGACCACCAUGACCGACCACUUCUACGCCCGGGAGCCAAAGCCUUUUGUUCUUCAUGGGGAUCAGACUCCGAAGUCCCACAUCCUGAAAGGAAAUUGGCACCCGGGCCCCGGCAGCCUCAGCACCUCCAUGCAGUUCUUCCACGGCCAGGUACCACCAAGCACCCAACCACCUGGCCGCCACAUGACCCAUGAGAAUUUGAAGUGCCACGUGAUCCUAGGAGAGGAGAAGCUGCUGGGACACUUUUUCCAGACCACCACGGGCUCCCAUUACUGCCCCCAGCAUGUGGAGGGGUCACAGAAGAUACCCAGCCUCCAAAUGACACAAAGCAACCUACCCAAGGGCACCUGUGAGUUCGAUUUUCUAACCAUGAACCAGAAGAUGCUGAAGCCGCACGGAAGAGCUAAAGCCCUGGUGACCAAAGAGUUGUUACAGAAGUGCAAAUACAGCCACCUGGAGCCCCCGCUGGGUGGACAGCGCUUCCUCUCAACCAACUACCAGGUUGACUUUCCUUUCAAGUACCAAGGCCCAGUAGUACUGAAGACGAUGAAUUUCCAGGAAAGCCACGUGCCCCUGGGCACACCUCGCCAGCUGGGCUGCAGGCGCAGGAAGGUAGAUCCUCAGACCCCACAGAUGCCUAUGUACCCAUGCCUCAGCCAGUAGUAAAUGUCACCUUGAUGGCAUCCUGUCCCAUUCCAUUAGUCGUCUGUUAAAGAGGAUGCUUGGAUGAGUGGGGGCCAGAGGAAGGAAUCACACUGGAGAGAAUGUCUCAUUCGUUCCAUGGAGAAAACCCUGGAUGCCUGACCAGACACAUCGGCAAACCUUGGGGUUACUCUGAAUGAUGUGAGAGUAUAGAGUCACAGUGUGUGACACAGGCAUUGGGGUGGGGGUUCAGGAUGCAGGCUCCUGGGCCCCGCUGGACACGAUCCACAUCCUGACUCCUCCAGGUCCUGACUUCUCCAAACUUUACUGGAAGACUGGGGUUAACCUUGCUGGACCCCAUUUUCCUAGCAACUGAUCUGCACCUACCCCGAGCGUCUAGCUUUCCCCAGGACAUAAUUCUGCAAACCGUCUCUUCCUAAUGAGAGUCAUUGUUACCUUAACCCCUGUGAGCUUGAUCUGUAAAAUGGAGCAAAAGAGCAAAUCUCUCAUGAGAUCCUUACAACCGACGGGAAGCUGAGCAGUGCACUGGUUGGCCACAUGACCAGCCCUCAGAUCAGAGCAGCACCCAGGGAAAACCGAAAAAAGCCACAAGGACACAGUGAGGUCCCAGGAGGUAGGUGUGCAGCCAAUCGAAAGUCAGAAGGAAAAAGGUGGAGUCAGGCCCUAAAGCCCCCGAGUGACCAGUACCUUGGACAGCGACCGACCUUUAAGGUCUGGGGUCUGGUGAAGAAGUUACAUCUACCUGGAAUAGCAUGGGCCUUGGUGGCCAAGCUGUAGGCUGUUAUAACCCUGUUUCAAAGAAUGAACCUGGGGCCAGACCUCCAAAGACCAAGGCGCCCCGUCCAACAGCCACAAGGAGCCAACCCUGAGCCUGGUCAGGUGCCCUUUCUCCCUCGGCAUCAGCUCUUCGAGGCCAGGCUCUUAUUUGCACAGCAAGGGCAGGAGUCCAGCUUGGGACCCCACAGGAACAGGAUGGCCCUUUUGGCUGCACUCAUAGAUAGUCCCACACUGACCCCAAGAGGGUCUGCUGGCCACAGGACCCUUCUGUGCUUGCCUGCACCGAAGACAUUUUGCAAGACGCUGCUCCGAGUUGUGUUGUGAUAAAUCUGGGUUCUCACUCUCGGCCCCGCUGGCAUCUUGGGUCAGAUAAUUCUUUGUUGGAGGCUGUCCCUGUGUAUCACAGGGUGUCCUUGAUCCAUUAGUUGUUAAUAGCGUACCCCACCACAACAGGUAUUGCCAAAUGUCCCCCACGGUGAGGUGUGGUGGAAAUUGCCCUGGUUGGGAACCACGGCAACAGAACAUCCUGUUCUGGUGAAGCUAGUCUGCCUUUUGACCAGAUAACUAGAACUUUCCUUUCUGCUUUAGCUGCUAGGAAGCUCAGGUCUCUGUAGCUCCAGUUACAGGGCUGCUUGUGCUCCUGUCUAGUUCCAGGGAUGGUUUCCCGCAGCCCAGAGGCCAGGUGAAAAACAAUGGGUGGGAUUUCAGCACAACUGGAAGCAUUUCCUAGUCAUGGAACUGAGCAGCCCGGGGUGGCUGGCCAAGGGAGAACAGGCACACUACUGGAAAUGUUCAGUGAGCAGGGGAAAACACUACAGGAUGAUUCUGGGUGUAUUUUUGAAUUUACACCCAUUCCUCUAUUACAUUUAGCACCCCCCCACACACACACACACCAAGGCUUCUGACCAGGAUGAAUAAAAGAAGAUUGAAAGUGGGAAAACCAAUUACUUUUUAAAGGAAAACAAUUUCAUCAACUGUAAGCAGCACCUGGCAACAGGACUCAGACCUGUCAUUUUCCUGUCUUGGACAGGUGGUUUCAAGCUCUGAAAUUCCUCAUUUCCUCAGCUGUGAAAUGGGGACACAAUAGUUCCUCCUUGGUAGACAGAGGGAUUACAAGGAUUAAAUAAAAUGUGGCUGUGCUUGG